AUGGGGAGAUAUAUUACUGAGCUCUCAAGACUGAAAUCUCCUCCGAAGUCCCAGUUGCAAACGUUGCAGGACUGGUUGGUCGACAGCAGAGGCGGACACAGCUUCCUCCAAGGCUUCGAGUUCCUCACCUGGCGGAACAAGAAAACAGCGGCGUACGUUUCACUGCAGUCGGCCCAAGACGAGAGCUCCGUGUUCAGCAGGUUCAUGGCCCGGGUUAUCGCGCGGAUCUUCCACCGCGUCGUCGGGGAGAAGAUGAAAGUCGGCACUGUCAUCGACGAGGAGGCCAGCUUGGUGUCCUACUCGGACUCGAAGCUCAGCCGGGCAAGCAACGUCGUGGCGUUGGUUGUGUCCUCGGCACUUCCCGUCCUGACGAUAUUUGUACUCAACACGGUGAACUCAACAAACCAGCGGAUUGGCCUGACGAUGUUGUUCACGGCUGUGUUCGCUGUGCUUCUGGCAGUGUUUAGCAACGCAAAGAGUGUGGAAAUCUUCGGCGCAACUGCAACAUUCGCUGCAAUCGAGGUGGUCUUCAUCGGCAGUGCAAUAGGAAAAUCGGGUCCAUAA